AAGGGCGGCAGGUGGGAGCCGCAGCAGUCAGGCAUAACGGGGAGGUGUCCUUGAGCCUUGAAGAGCUGGCUGGAAAGGCAGAAUUUCUGAAGUAGGGUGAGGAGGGAACCGCCGACCGGAGGAAACGCUCGUAGCUGUGCGCAAAGUCCCCCUCUGAGCCUCGGACUCCUCACCUGUUAAAUGAAGACCACGAUGCCUGCGCCGCGAAGAGUGGGCCAGAGCUUUCCCAGCUUGGGCAUCAGCCCAGGGCCUAGUCUCACCAUGGUGGACGCGUUCGUGGGCACCUGGAAGCUAGUGGACAGCAAGAAUUUCGAUGACUACAUGAAGUCACUAGGUGUGGGUUUUGCUACCAGGCAGGUGGGCAACAUGACUAAGCCUACCACAAUCAUCGAAGUGAAUGGGGACACAAUCACCGUAAAAACGCAAAGCACCUUCAAGAACACGGCGAUCAGCUUCAAGCUGGGAGUGGAGUUCGAUGAGACAACAGCAGAUGACAGGAAGGUCAAGUCCACUGUGACGCUGGAUGGAGGCAAACUUGUCCACCUGCAGAAGUGGAAUGGACAAGAGUCAACACUUGUGCGGGAACUCGUUGAUGGGAAACUCAUCCUGACGCUCACCCACGGCAGUGUAGUUAGCACUCGCACUUAUGAGAAAGAGGCAUGACCUGCCCACUCCUUCACCACCUGCUCCUCUGCCAACUGGCUGCUCCUGGACUCCGCACCAGAUUGCCUCAUUUUUCCUUCUGGCAUUUUGUACAAAUGCACUGAUUGGGGAAAUUCUUCUGGGGCCAGGUGGCACCAGCCUGGAUCCAGUUCCAGUUCUCAUUGUGUAUGCUUGCUUUUUAAACUGCAUCCAAAGGGUGCUCUGAGGUCAAUAAAGCACAGCCAAGGCCA